UUGAACAUUGGCCUACCUGAGGGUUAAGUUACAUUUUAUAAAUAAAUAUUAGGUAAAAUCGAGUCAUAUUCUAAAACAAAAAAGUGCAUAAUGUGAACAUUAACGUCUUAAAACAUGGGAAUUGCUGAAAAGAUCGAACAGAUCUACCGGAUCAAAAGAUUAUUAUGGAGAGGAGGAGGAUCAAACGACGUCUCGACAACACUAGUCUCGACAACGACAGUUGUGCCUACGACUCCAGCAACCAACAAGACAAGCUUAGACAACGAAUUACCUAAUGAUGAGUUUACUGUAGAAUCAGAAGCAGGUGCUAUAGCCGGACUUAUAUUUGGUUUACUGAUAGUCAUUGGAAUGGUUGUACUUGCUUUGAUCAUGUUAAAGAGAAAAAGAGAUAACAACAGAGAAUAUCAGAAGCAAAUCAGAACCCAAAGAUCAACUAAACAUAACGCAGGUGUAUACAUGGACACCACGACGGAGGACCUUGUACCCGACCCUCGCAUUGUCAAAGGGACCACAGCUUACGCUGCGCUGAGUCGUGAGGAUAAGGACCUUUAUGAUUACGAGUCAGAUGAAGAAAUCUAAUAUAAUAUUCAUGAAAGCUUUUUGCAAUGAAUACACCUUAUCGCUAUUUGGAAAUCUGUUCCGCUUGACCCGAGAAACUGUUCCGCUUGAAAUUUUGACGUCAUACAACAAUCACUUUUCCGUUGUGGCGUCAGAUAUAUUCUAUUAUGAUGUCAAAAUUUUACGGGAACUUUUGUGAUGUCCAGUAAUGGCGGACAAAUAGCGAUAAGGUGUAUCGAAACUGUUUAGAUACAGAUUAUAGAAUGCAUGUUUUAACACUCUAAGUUUGCAGUUCGCUUGAAAGAAUUAAGCGUGUAUGUAUACACCAGGAGCGUAUUGGUAUUCCAUUUAUGAAGAGUGAAGGAUUGUGUGAAUGAUUGCUGUAUUUUUGAAAUCAAAGAUCAUAUCUAUUUGGAUUUUGAUCUACAAGAUAGGAUUUUUUAAACUACCAAAACUUUGAAUUCAUUAAUAUCAUUUUUAUAUGGGAAACAAAGGACAGUAAUUUGUAUGAAUGUGCUUGCUCAUUAUAUUGCAAUAUGAUAUGUAACGCAACUUUUAAUUGGAUGACGUCUGCCGUCAAUUCCACGACUGGAGUUUACGUUUCUUGGAAUAUUCAUAUGGUUAAUUAUGAACAUUUUACUAGUAGAGCAUUAGAAAAGGAAUACUAAUAUUGUGAUAUCUUGAUACUCUGUAGUUGCUUGUUUAUAUGCUUCAUAUAUGAUUUAUUUUUUUAGAGUUUUAAAAGUACUAAUUCAGUAAUGAGGGUCUGGAUAGUGUUAACAGAAUAGAGAAUAAUGGGCAAAAAUAGAUGAUAAUGGGCAAGAAAAUAAAUAUUAGAGAAUAAGGGGUGCUUAGACAUAAAGAAUAGAGAACACGGGAUGCUAAGAUAUAGAAUAGAAAAUAAUGGCCUAAAAAAUUAAAGAUAACAGAAUUGUCAUGUUAAUCGGAUUUGGGACAAGAGGGACAAGCUAUGGCUAUUUUUGCCAAUCUCACUUUUGUUUACCUCCUAAGAAAAAAAUGUAUCGUUAUAAAAAGUUUAGAAGUAUGAAAUUCCCUUUUCUUAUUGUUUUUUCAUAUUUUAUGGUUGAGUUAUAACCAUAACUCAAAUUCUGUUUAAUGCUGAAAAAAAUACCCCCCCCCCCCCCCUUCUUUUAAAAAUGUAAUUUCAGGGGAUGGCUUAACAUAUUUUGAUUUAUAAAAAAAACCUCUUCAAUUGUGCUACAAAAGCAAUGUUGACGAAUAUGUAAGAUUCAUGUCUGUUAUAUUUGUUUUAUUUUAAGUAUGAUAUUUUUUGUGAACUUUGUAUGUAUCAAUGAGAUAGCAUUUUUAAAUUUAGAAACUUUUACACGCAAAAAAAAAGAUGGUCAGCGAUUGUGAACUUUCUUUUAUUAUAUUAUCAUUAUGCUGCUCAUCAAUAUGUACCACUUUGGUCGAAAGGGAAUGUGUACCCCUCCGAUAACAAAAGAGUAAAUGGUUAUUUUGAAAGUGUAAUAAAAGUAUUGUGACUAUAACAGUCCAGUUUCCCUUUUCACCAAAUUCUUAACUAGAUUUGCAAUGCUCUGUCUUCAUUAACAAAGAGGCGGCCAAUUAGUACAAAAUGAUUCGUGUUUAAAUGUUGCAAUUGCGGGUUUAUUUUUUACGGAAAUAUUGUAUCUAAAGUUUCUAUAUUUGAAUUUUUUUAAUACUUUUUAUCUAUUCUUUAUUGUUUGAAAUAGCUAGGUUAAAAGUUUUUUAUUUACUUUAUUAUAUUUGCUGCUGAAAAUUAGAAUAUAAAAUUGUCAUAGAUUUAAUCUGUUUUAAGUACAUACUUUAUAGUGCAUCAUACAUACUAGAAUACGGAAAAAAAGAAUAGAUCCGCAUGUGUUUUUUUUAGAUAAAACAUUUGAAAAUUUUAAUUUUAGGUGCGGAAAGGAUGUCAUUGAAUUUCUGUAAAAUAAAAACUUUAGUAUGCAGGAAAUGAACGUUACACUUUCGAAAAAUUAAUCCUUACAGUUAGUGUGAAAAUAGGAUGGUUUAGUGGUUGGCGUAAAAAUAACUAUUGUCUUUUUUUAACACCAAUAAGAUUUCUUUAUUUCCAUCAAUUGGUUGUUACAAUAUCCUCAUCAAGUCCAAACUCCUUGUGAAGGAUAAAUAUGAUUUACAAUUCUAUUGUAAUAAUAAAUGAUAAAGCGUCAAUCUAAUAAAUGUUUUUUUUACAUUAACAAUAAAGUUAACUCCUUCCAACUUUCUAGUAUAUUGCAUUUUUUUGUAAAUUCCUUCGUCUGCUGAUCAGAUAAAUAGGAUAAUUUAUAAACUGAAUGACCAAUGAUAGUUAUAACAUAGUCAAAGCCAAACAGGUUUUUGUCUGAUAUUUAAUAGCAAAAAAAAAAAAAAAAAAACUAUUGUCAUUGAUUAUCUAUAAUAAGUAAUUCUCCAAGAGUAAUUUAAUUUCUGUAGCAGUCACAAUCAAUUAAUUUGAAAUAUCAUGAGAUGAUAUGAAAAUGGGGAUCAUUUUUUGUAUGUGUUUGUAUUUGUUCUGUUUCGUUUAAAACGAUGUAAGAACAAUUAAAACUAGCACAACAAUGUACUAACAACCACUUUGAUUACUUUGAAUGUUUGCAUAUUUGAAUAUAAUUUAUCAUAAUGAACUAGAAAAACUAGUAGUCCGAAACAAGAAAGUUGAUGCUCUGCAAAAAUUUCGUACCCUUACAAUUUCGUACCCUCUCUUUCGUACCUUGACAAAAACCAUUUCGUACCCUCCAUUUCGUACAUUGACAAAAACCAUUUCGUACCCUUACCAUUUCGUACCCUCCAUUUCGUACCUUGACAAAAACCGUUUCAUACCCUUACCAUUUCGUACCCUCCAUUUCGUACCUUGACAAAAAUCAUUUCGUACCUUGAUACAACUCAUUUCGUACCCUUAAGUUUCGUACCUUGACCAUUUCGUACCUCAUGGAAGAUUGAUAAGUAUGCCAUUUCGUACCUUAUGAAAGAUUUUUAUGUAUGCCAUUUUGUAACAUAUGUAAGAUUCAAUAUGAGAAAUAUUGAAUAAAUAUUGAACUAUGGUGUAUUAUGUACAAUGUUAAAUGUGUAAGGGUGGUUUUAAAUGAUGAUACACUUACAGUAAUGAUUAAACCGUUUGCUUAUUAUUACGUAUGUAUGUAUAUUUAUGAACCAAAAUAUACAGAAGGCUAUUUGAUUGUUAUGCUAAUAUAAUGAAAAUAAUUAGAUUUUAUAAGAUUUUAAAUUGUAUUUAUAUAUGUAAUUUAUAAAUCAAACAAAUUGGAUUGUGCAAUAAAGAAAAUAAGACACA